AUGUCAACAUCAGAAUUAAUAAAUUAUAAAACGAUACAUGAUCUGAUCGUUAAAGAUAUAAUAAACAAAGGAAAAAACGCAGUUGAAAACAAAGAUGAAAAAAAUGGAAUAACAGUAAGAUUUUCAUCUAUUCGUAGAGACGAAUACCAUCAAGUCGUAACAAAAACAAACAACACGAAAAUAGUGAGGGUUACGGGUCCUAAAAGGCGUAGAGUAGGGAAAACAGUAAUAAGAAAAAAAGUUUUUGUAAAAGUUUUUUCUUUAUUCAAAUUUGAGGUUAAACAUAUAAAUACUCAUUUAAACUACUACGAAAGUCCUGACCCUAGUAAUAAGAAAAAAAAAAAAAAAAAAAACGAUAACAAUAAAUUAAAACAAUAUUCCGAACUAUUGAGACGAUAUUUGUUUUUCAAGAACAAAUCCCAUGAGGGUAAUUCUACUGUUGAAAAAAUUGAAAAUAAUGAAGUUAUUCCUGACACUGCUGAUUUUUAUGCCAUUAAUAGAGAUCCAGAAAUUAGUAAUAUAUCGAUAAAUAAUAGUAUUGCUGAACAAAAUAAAUCUAUAAAAAAAUUACCUAUUAACACCUCUACUCCUAAGCGACACAUGAGAAGUAAUGAUUCAUCAGGAAAUUCUCAAAAUUUUCUAUCCUUAACGAACAAUACUCUACAAAACGGUGGCAAUAAAAAACAAUUGUAUAAAAAUUCAUUCAAAUGGCUACGCUUAUAG